UACCGCAGUAGAGGUUACUAGAGAGUAGAUUCAGAUCGGAGAAGAAUUGAAGCAGAUUUAAAUCGAACCAAAAUCGAAAACUUAAACCCAGAUCGAACUAUCAUCCUCUGCAAUGGAAUUGAUUUGGACUCUCCUCUUCUCCUUUUCCGGCAGUGUCUCCAUGUACGGUUUGGAUUCAAAGAACGGAGAAGAAACAAAUUCAACGUUUCCAGCGACGAGAUCGUCUCCAUCGUGUCAGUUCAAAUAUUUAAUCACAAAGCUGAGGCAAAUCUUGGAAUUAAUAAUUGCAAGUGUCGUAUCCACUUGCUGAAGAAUAAAUCCCAUUAUACUUUCUAUACACUUGUGAGAACGUUCACAGUUUUAGCCUCAUGGGUCUCGUGGCACAUAAAAUAAUCAAAGAUCAUGUCAGUGUUAAAAAAAAUUAAUUCCUGGAUCCAUAUUAAUUAUCAAAAUCAGCUUCAACUUGGAUACAUCAAGCUCCAAACAUCUGAUUUGAUCUGCGCAUGCGCCAUUGAUUCCUGAGAAAGAGAGAAACUAAUUAACAUGGCGCUGAAAGUAUAUGUUCAUAGAAUUUCUGAACCAUCUCGUGCAGUUCUCAUCUUCUGCAAGAUAAACGGGAUAGAUUUUGAGGAAAUUCAAGUGGAUGUCUUGAAAGGCCAGCAUUUCUCCCCUGAAUAUAUGUAUAUAUUCAGUCCCAUGCGCCAAAUUCCGGCAAUAGUUGAUGGACAUUUGAAGCUGUUUGAAAGUCACGCCAUUCUUAUCCAUUUAUCUUCUUCGUUUCCUGGAGUGGCUAGUCACUGGUAUCCUGUUGAUCCAUCCAAAAGAGCUAAGAUUCAUUCCAUUUUAGAUUGGCAUCAUUCAUAUCUUCGACGUGGUGCAGCUGGACUUGUAUCCAACAGUAUCCUGUUACCACUAAAUGGCAUCCCUUCAAACCCUAAUAUAGUAAUUCAAGCUGAAGAGAUACUCUUGAGAUCUUUGUCUAAGUUAGAAAAUGUUUGGUUAAAAGAUGAAAGGUUUAUGGGUGGAAGCACUCAACCAUCAAUUGCUGAUCUCAGUUUAGCAUGUCAAGUCAUGCAACUUGAGCUUUUGAGUGAGGAGGAUUACCAUCGUAUAUUAAGCCCUUACAAGAAAGUGAAAAAGUGGAUUGAAGACGUUAGGAGUACGACUAAACCUUAUUUUGAUGAAAUUCAUGAGUAUCUUUUUGAAUCCCAAAAUGGAAUUCGAGAGCUAAUGGCAACACAAUCGGGGAAAAAGAAAGUAAGGGCCAAGAUCUGAGAUCACUUUUAACCUUAUUCAUUCAAUAAAACUUUUCAAGAUUAUGUAACCAUCAUUAAAAUUUAAUUACCUAGAUUAAACACAAACACAUCAUCUUAGAUGCUUCAGCUACAUGGUAGAGCAGUAUUUUACAUCGUGUGGAC